AUGAGCGACUGGUCGAGUGGUCUCUGUGGCUGUUUCGAAAAUGUUGGAAUCUGCAUCAAGGCGUAUUUCUGCCCAUGCAUCGUUGCAGGGCAAGUUGGUGAAGCUCUUGGAGAAGGUUGCUUUUACCACGGUUUCUGCUCCUUAAUGGGGCCGAUUGGAAUAUACUGCGGUGCGCAAAACCGUGGAAAACUCCGGGCGAUGUAUCAGAUUCCGGUAUGUUGGCCUUUAUUUGGACUUAAUCAAGUGUGUGACCGAAUGAAAAGUUCAGGGUACAGCAUCAUGUCAGAAUCAUGUGUUGACAAUGAGCAAUAGUUUAAUUUUUUUAAUGAACUGCUGAAAUAAGAAGAGAUAGACCCUUUGAGAGGUCUAUCGCGUGCUUCAUGUACACGUGAUUUCUCUGCAAGCAUUGCCGUCUUUAUGCUGGUAAUUUAUAUGAUCAGUUUGAAGAAUUUACUCGAUCUAAGUGCGCAAACUUAAGAACACAGCCUGGAUAGUUUUCAGGGCAUCGAACGAUUUAACGAACUAUUGUGAAUUGCAUUCGUGCGAACUUUUUUCAACAAGCUUUGGUUUUCAUUUUAUGGUGGAAAGCUUAACAUUAACAAAAACAAAAUUUGAAAAUAUAGCGCAUAGAGCGUGAAAGGAUCGCUGGACACUUCAAAAGAUGAUUGCAAUUCACUCGCGUGAAUGUUCUUGAAUCAAUUAUUAAUUAUCACUUUAUGAAAACAAAGCUAUGUCUAAAACGACUUUGAAUAUAUCACGAAACACUAAGCCGUGGAUUCAAGACAUCUAAAAUAAUCGAGUUAUCCUCAAAACCUCUAAAAAUGGAAAAAUUGUCAGACCAUGUCUGGCAAAGCGAGUGGAGCAUUGGCUAAAGAAAAUAAAUUAGAUUAGGGAAGGAAAGGAUCAAUCAGAAACGAGACAAAUGCUAAUGAUAUUUCUCUAAUUAUUUAUGUUGGUAAGGGGCGCGCAUCAGUGUGGAGAUUAUAAAACAGUGGGGUAGAUUACAGAAGUGACUGUGUAAAUAACAGCUUAAAUAGUGGAAGAAGACGAGAAAAGAGGAAAUGGAAAACGGAAAUAAGGUCUUAGGACAAUUAUAUUUACAGUGUUGUACAGAAGAUUAUUCAAAUUUAUUACGGAGUCAGUAUUCAAUACCCCUCUGUGUGAGGUGAAGCUAUAUCUCCCCCCCCUCCCCCCCCACCCUCCUAUUGAAAAUUAGUCAUUCAUGAAGUUUUUCUUGAGGCGAUAAAUUUAAAUUUUCAAUUUUGUCCCUCAAUUUUGGCGCACAAAAGAGAAAUACUUACCAUAAAGAUGUAAAAUCUUGUAAAACAACGAUAAAAUGAGGAACGGGCGAAAGAUCAUUGUAGACUUGGUGUCAAUCUCAUUGUUAAAACAUAUCAAAGUUUUAUUUGCUUAAAAAGACAUUUGUUAUGUUUGUUCUAAAUAAAAAAAAAACAUGCAUCUAGGAAAUAUGUACCAACAGCAACAUCCUUGUUUUAUUUCAUCGCGUCUCUUGUUAACGUGAAUAGUUUUGCGUCAUUCAAAAUACGGUACUGAAUCGUUGUCACCCAAGUUUGUGUUAAGAUAUUGCGUGAGGUUUCCGCGGUAUUUUGGCAAACGGGAGGUUUGAACCGUUUCAUUGUUAGAAUAUUUAAUAAGUCUUGUCGGUGGUCGGGAAUUAAUUUAACAGUUAUCUUCCAAAUUAAUGAACCCCAGACUAAAAUUUCACUUAGGAACCCGGUACUCAAGCAAAUUUGUUUUUAUAACUUAAAUCAGCAGGUGAAAUUGAAUGAUGUUGAAAAUGAUAACCCACUUGCGAUUAGUUCAUUGACAUUGUAAGGAGUAUGCUUAAUCAUUCAUGUUGAAAAAGCGAAAAAAAACCUUCGUUCAGAGGUAUUUCUGUCAAUGGAAAAUGAGAAUUCGUAAAGCAAAUUUUAUAGAAUUUGUCAACUGAAAUUUCAAAGAAAGAUCUCAAAGGUAUUUCGAUCCGCCAUUGAAUGCAACUUUUAUACAUUUAGCAGAAGUAAUGUGUAUCUUGCCGAUUUUUAAAAAGGCACCCAUCUGUUUCAUGCUAAUUUCCUGAUCUUAUACCACUGCAUUCUAAGGGCCAGUGACUAUUUAUUGCCUUGGCGAGGGAAGGGUGGGGGAUUUCGGAGAUCAUGUGGUUUUAAGAGGAAACAGAGGGAGAAUCAGUCGUCACCAACAGGGUAUCAAGGGGGGUACUACAAAGAAUUGACUUCCAAUUAACUGCCAAUGGAGGGGGGGGGGGAAAGCUAGCGCUCGUUCAUUCGUGAGAAAUACGUGACUUUGAAAUUAAGUUGUUAAUACUCUACUCACUAGGUGUAUUUAAACUUACUUGGAUCUUAUUCGUAGGGUACGUUUGUUAACGACUGCCUGGUUCACUGGUGCUGCCCAGUGUGUUCAUAUGCUCAAGAAGCCAGGGUGAGUAUCAUUAUAGUCACAAACAAAUAUAAAAAGAAGCGCUUUUCGAUUGAAUGUCGUAAAACCAAAACUCAGUAAACAACCACAUGCAACGGACGAUAGGAAGAAAGGAAAAUAGCGUUAAGAACAAAUGAGAUCGCGAGAGAACUUUAAGUAAAAACAACCCAGCUGCCUCAGGCGGGUUACCCGGCAGGUCCUAAUUGGUUUUAGCCAGUUUCAUAUAAUGAUUGAGAGAGUGGCGAAAAAUUUCCUAUUUCACUCUUAGAGCGAAGUAAAGCCACACGUUUAUAAUGUUGGAUUACUUUCGACGCUCGGUUGAAAACUGCCUCAACGUCUCACGUGAUUCAAGAUUGCUUCGGUUUUGCUCUAUUUAAGUACAUGACUGGUUUGGAGAGCUUGUGCCACCCUCGCAAUUAAUCAGAUGCAAGACUAAAACCAAUCUCAAGCUGGUCAACCGCGUUUUCCCACACUUUAGGUAGAUUGCGUGUUAUGACUUAGAGUCCUCAUUGGCUAAUGAUGAUGUGAAGGUUUGAGCCGAUUGGCCUUUGCGAUGACCGUUUGGUAUUUGCGUUAAAAACCGGAAUUGAAAACUACUCUAUUCGAAAUUGACAAAAACAACCUUAGAGGUAUUGUCCUAAAAAACACGGGCAGAUGAAGGAGUUUGAUUUUUGGCGGCAGACCCUAAAAUAAGCCAAAGAAUAUGCCAAGUUAAGUAAAUUUGAAAUACUUCAAGUUGAAUAGUCAUACGCGAUCCUGUUGCUGAAAGAACCGCCUUGGUUCAGGCGGGCAGCCUAAACAGUCGCACGUCUGAUUGAAUGGGGGAGGGGGAGGGGGGAGGAAGGUAGGGUCACUAAAAAGUGAGGUUCAUAAAGAAGAGUUCGUCUCGUAGCUGAAUCCUCUGGUGAUGUCGAAUACCUUACAAAAUGGAGGGAAAAAUGAACACUCUAAACUUAAUUUCCUUUUAGCGACCGACAGACGCAGUAAGAAGGGGUGGAUGGGUGGAGAGCCUAUUUGUUCUUGCGCAAAAAUUAAUUUUUCUCUGUUAUUCAAGGAUGUUCGAGUUGCCUUAGUUUAACUAAGACUUAAUCUUGUUUUUAAGAUUAUACAUAAUAUAAAUUGCCCACAGCAAUUAGAGAACUAUCUCCUUAAGAGAUCAGCUUUUCAUACCAGAGAUUUUAGAGACUCUACCUUAUUGAACAUUGUUGCUACAAAGACCAAAAUGGGUCAAACGUCAUUUAAAUGUACUGCUGCUAGGGAGUGGAAUCUUUUACCAAAGGACAUUCGAGAGAUACAGUCUUUAUCUAAAUUCAAGGUGAUAGUUUUUGAAUAUUUUUUAGAACACGAUAAAUCUAAUCAUUUAUGUAGUUUGAAAUAAGUAUUAGCUUUUCUAUAUAUUUUAUGUUAUUUUAAUUCAUACUUUAGUUCUUUAUAGGGCUUCUCCUUUGAUUUUGAUUGAUACUAUUUAUCAUGCUGAUCACUAGUUCAUACCAGCCAAUCUAUUAGAUUGCUGAUUAGUCUUAUCAGUUGAAAUAAAGCUUAUUAUUAUUAUUAUUAUUAUUAUUAUUAUUAUUAUUAUUAUUACUAACUCUUUUUCAUUCACUUCAUUAGGAAAUUGCAUCCCGUAUGCCGGCUGGUGGCUCCAUAGCAAGGUCCUAG